CCAGCAGGGGGCGGCAGUGCAACACUCUGGUUGUUAGCUGCACUUUCUUUAAUGAACACGAAGAAGCUGCUUCCUCCUGCUGUAUGCUCAUGCCUGUAGUUGGGAGGCUGGUUUGAAAGCUGUCAGAGAUGAACAGUGAGAAUUUCAGCCUGAGUGAGAAGAUCGUGUCGACCUCUUACGUUCGACAGGGCAGUCAGGCGCGCCGCAGCCAUGAGCAGCUGAUCAGACUCUUGCUGGAGCAGGGAAAGUGUCCAGAGGAGGGAUGGAGUGAGAGCACCGUGGAGCUCUUCCUCAGCGAGCUGGCUGUGAUGGACAGUAAUAACUUCCUGGGAAACUGCGGGGUCGGAGAGAGGGAGGGCCGCGUGGCCUCCAGCCUCGUGGCCAGGAGACACUACAAGUUGAUCCAUGGCAUCGGUCGGUCAGGUGACAUCGCUGCCGUCCAGCCCAAAGCUGCAGGAUCCAGUCUGCUCAACAAGCUCACCAACUCUGUGGUGUUGGACAUCUUAAAGCUCUCAGGUGUCCGGAGUGUGGCCAGCUGCUUUGUAGUUCCCUUGGCAACAGGAAUGAGCUUGACUCUGUGCUUCCUGACCCUUCGCCACCGAAGACCCAAAGCUCGCUACAUCAUUUGGCCUCGCAUCGACCAGAAGUCCUGUUUCAAAGCCAUGAUCACAGCAGGAUUUGAGCCGGUGGUGGUGGAGAACGUUCUGGAGGGCGAUGAGCUGCGGACAGACCUGGAAGCAGUUGAGCGCAAGAUCGAGGAGCUCGGAGCCGAGAACAUCCUGUGUGUUCAUUCAACUACUUCCUGCUUCGCCCCGCGGGUCCCCGACAGGCUGGAGGAGCUGUCCAUUCUGUGUGCCAAACAGAACAUUCCCCACAUUGUGAACAAUGCAUACGGAGUGCAAUCGUCUAAAUGCAUGCACCUCAUCCAACAGGGGGCUCGUGUCGGAAGAAUUGACGCCUUUGUGCAGAGCUUGGACAAGAACUUCAUGGUUCCAGUAGGUGGCGCCAUCAUCGCAGGCUUCGACGAGUCCUUCGUACAGGAGAUCAGCCAGAUGUACCCAGGUCGAGCGUCCGCCUCUCCUUCCCUGGACGUCCUCAUCACCCUCCUCACCCUGGGAGCCAGCGGCUACAAGAAGCUCCUGUCAGAGAGGAAGGAGAUUUAUUUGCUGCUGGCUCAGGAGCUGAAGAGUCUCGCCUCUGCACACGGGGAGAGGCUGCUGAACACCCCACAUAACCCCAUUUCCCUGGCCAUGUCUCUGGAUGGUCUCCAGGCGGAGAGCAACGGGGCGGUGACUCAGCUGGGCUCCAUGCUGUUCACCCGGCAAGUGUCAGGAGCCAGGGUAAUACCGCUGGGCAAGGAGCAGACCAUCGGUGGACACACGUUCCGAGGCUUCACGUCUCACUCCGAUGCUUACCCGUGUCCGUACCUUAACGCUGCCUCGGCUGUGGGCAUCACGCGGGAGGACGUGACCCUGUGCAUGAAAAGGCUCGAAAAGUGCCUGAAGACCCUGAAGAAAGAGAAAAACAUGGCGAAAAGUAGCUUCCCUGUACUUCCACCGUGCCAGGAGGACACCACUGGAGAAUGACUAUAAUAAGAAAACAAAGUGAGUUCUUCUAACUGUGAGAUCUUCUUCUUCACCUCGUCUGGACUUUGUGUGUUUUUAAAAGGCUGAUGGAUUAUCAAUCCAGAUAUUGUAAUGAGGUCAAAGGCUGGAGCAACAGCUGGUGUGGAAACUUCCUCCAGGUGUUCAUUAAAACAAAAGUGACUCGGGCUGAUGUCACUGAUUAAUUCCCUCCUCUGUGAACGUGUAUAAUUAGUAGAUAUUUUAAGGACGCUAAAUGAAUACAAAUGCUUCUCGGGAGCAUGUGGUUGUUCGUGAACACUUGCAUUUUCUGUUUAUAUUGAAAAAACCUAAUUUCUAAUGGCAUUUGGACUCAAAAUAGCUUGAGGAUGAACAAGGGGCUUUACUUUAUGUGUGUCAUUUCUCUUAAUUA